ACGGCUAGAUUGUCUGGGAAUUGAACAAAAUGUACAAGCUUGAUAUUCCGCUAGACCUCAAAGAGGCUGCUGCUAUAGAACGCAGGCGCAAGCUGGAAAAAGAACGUCAGAACAGAAUUUUUAACUCGAAAAUACGAACCAUUGGGGUUGACUUAGAUUCGCUUACGCAACAAGUAAAUGAUCGAAAAAUACGUGAAGACACCGAGCGUGCCAGAGAUGAGUCUUUCAUGUCGGACAUGGUUCGGAACGACAAGAUCGUGAUGAUGUUGCAGAAGAGACAGGAGCACGACAUUCAUAAUCUUGAAAAGUCAUUGAAUGAGUUUCGUGAUCGAUACCAAAGACCGGAGACAAGAAAGGAGUUUGAUUUGUAUGAUCCUGAUGGUAAAAAGAAGGACAAACCAGCCAGGGUAACUGAUGAUGAUCCGAGAUGUGGAUUGUCAAGCAUGCAGAAGUUUGAGGGAGAAGACUUGAACUUUAAGGCAAGAAGGUCGCUGCAGAAUGAACAAUUACGAGAAUGGUCACUGAAGCAAAAGAAAGACAAAGAAGAUGCAAUGGCACAGCAGAAGCAAGCUGACAAACUACAUGAUAUGAAACGAAUUGAGCUUGAUCAGCGGGCCAUGGAGCUUGAAACAGCGGAGAGAGAAUGUAGACGACAGAUUGAAGUCACAACUAAAGAGUUCAAUCUUGCUCAGAUAAAAGAAAGAAAGGAGAAGGAAAACCUUCAGCAUCGCAAUGAACAAGAUGACAACUUUACUGAAAUAUCAAACCAUGUAUUUGGUGACAUGCUCACGGAAAAUCCAGCAGUUGCUUCAAGUGCUUUCGGUUCCCACAGAGUGAUCCCUGAUCGAUGGAAGGGAAUGAGUCCAGCACAGUUGGAGGAAAUACGAAGAAUCCAGGAACAACAGAGACAAGAAAAGAGGAGAUUGCGUGAAGAGGAAUGGCAAAGAGACAUGGAGUGGGACAGACAAAGGAUAAACGUGGCCAAAGCUGGCACGAUAUUGGAACAACGCCAUGGAAGAUUGCAAGAGGAGAUUAGGAAAGAACAGGACAGCGCUAAUGUUCACCUUUCUGCUGAACAAAAGGCUCACAAAAACUUUCUCAACAAAGAAGUUUACAUCAAUCCACCAACUGCUCAAUACUUUGCUCAGUUCAACACUUCAAGCCGAUAAACUCUUGUCCUUAUUUUCCUUUUAACUAUAGCUGGUGUUUUAGUAAAAGUUAAUUAUUGCAAUACAUGCAGGAUUGUAAAUCUACUGAUUAACACUCUGCAUGUAUAUCAGCAUAAUAUUAAAAAGGUUUAAAAAUCGCUGUGUAUGUAUAUAAAUUUAAGGAACCAUAAUAAAACGUUGUUUUGUAA